UUCACUCACCCAAACCAAUUUCUUCAUUCUUUCUUUGCAAAAAUCACUUAUCUCUGUCCGCAUAGCAAGGUCACUCACAGGGUCUCAUUUUCUUAAUGCAAUUUGGGCAUUUUGGGAAUCUCAAUCUCUAUUGCUAUCCUUCAUAAGCCUCAAAUUUCACAAUCACAUUUGUUCACGAGUCUAGAUUGUCACGUAAAUACUAAAAUUUAAUCCAAACCACAAAAAGGGUUCUAACAUUAUGGUUAAAUCAAAAUCUUUGAGGCAAUAUACUGAAUAUAGCCAUUUCUAGCACCUGGGUUUCCUGUUCUAGCUGAAUUGUGCUUAACCGUGAAUGUGACUGGUGAUGGUAGAUUCUACUAGGUGUUUUUUUCUUGAGACAUUGCAAACAAUUCUGUUCUGCUUGAACCUUAAUCUGAUACCAUAUACACAAUUAGGGAAGAACUGGAAGCAAAAUCCAUGACUUGAUGACAUUGAUGCAGCUAGCAGAUAAUAGGAACUCAAAUACAAGGAUUCACAUUCAAAUUCAAAUUUUUGCUUCUCAUACCGCCCUUUCUCGUGAAUUAUUUGGUGAUGAACCCUAAUUCGUUGAACUGAAAAGAAUACCUGUUUCUUUCAUCGUAUUUUUAGCCACUAACCUUUUUUCAUCUUCUGAAACUCUCUUUCCUAGUCAUCCUCAGGAGUUAGGACCUCAACUUUGUAUCCACUCAAAUGGGAAAGAAAAGAGAGCUAGUUCAUCUCAUAUACCUGUAGCUUUGGCUUUCAAUCAUUAGAAUCAUUGGCCCUGUGUAACGGGAUCAGGUAGAGAGACAUGGUACUUUCUUCUAGUGGACUUACUACUACACAGCCACUUUUUUCUUUUGGAUUGAUUACGGAUGUCCAAUAUGCUGAUAUUCCUGAUGGUCGCUCAUUCCUUGGUGUUCCACGGUAUUAUAGGCACAGUAUUCUUGUGUUGCAGAGAGCAGUUAAAGAAUGGAACACUCACCAAAAGCAUAAGUUUGUGAUCAAUUUUGGAGAUAUUGUUGAUGGGUUUUGUCCCAAAGAUCAAUCUCUUGGUGCUGUACAGAAAGUUGUGGACGAAUUUGAGAAGUUCAAGGGGGGACCUGUGUAUCAUAUGAUUGGAAAUCACUGCCUAUACAAUCUCCCUCGCAGCCAGUUGCUUCCGUUAUUGAAGAUCCAAAGUCUUGAUGGCCGUGCAUACUAUGAUUUUUCACCGGUGCCUGAAUAUAGAUUUGUAGUUCUGGAUGCCUAUGACAUCAGUGCCAUUGGUUGGCCACAAGAUCAUCCCAAAACAUUGGAGGCCAUGAAAAUCCUAAGGGAGAAAAACCCAAAUGAAAAUAAAAAUAGUCCAACGGGUAUGGAGGGGCUUGAAAGAAGAUUUCUCAUGUUCAAUGGAGGCAUUGGAAGGGAACAGAUGGAAUGGUUGGAUGGUGUUCUCCUGGAAGCAACAAAAAAGAAGCAGAAGGUUGUUGUUUGUUGCCAUCUGCCUUUAGAUGCCGGUGCAGCAAGUGAGAAGGGACUGUUGUGGAAUUAUGAUGAAGCAAUGAAUUUGAUACAUAGAUACAAUUGUGUUAAGGUAUGUCUUGCUGGACAUUAUCAUAAAGGAGGAUACUCUAUUGAUUCUCAUGGGAUACACCAUAGAAUUAUAGAAGCCGCUUUGGAAUGUCCUCUUGGUACAAAUGCAUUUGGACACAUUGAUGCCUAUGAUGACAGAUUAUCUCUUGUGGGAACUGACAGAAUGAAAAGUACAGACAUGCAUUUUUAUCCUACAAGUUAGUUUGUAUGACUUGAUGUUUUGAUGCUUUGGAAGAAGAAUGAUUCUAAAUCAUCCUUGUUUUCUAUGGUAAGUAUUGAAAGUAUUUUGUAUUUCUUUAUAAAGAAAGAACUAGGAAAAUGCUAAAGAAGAUAUAUUGGAAGAUUACCUAUUAUCUUUUAUCAAUCAUUGAUAGAGUACCUAUGAUCUUGUUUUAGUCUACCAAAAGAAGUUUCAAUUUGAAGUAACUUAGUUGAGCUUCCUUUCUUUUGA